AUGUCGACGGCCGAAAAGAUUGCUGAUGGAGCUCAGACGAUUGAGCAAGGGAGCCAGGUUGUUGAGAUCAGAGAGGUCAAGGGAAGCGAGGCCUUCAACGAAGCAUUGAUCCAGGAACCUGUGGAAUUGACCCAUCCACGAACACUUCUUCUUUUCCUCGCCCUCCUCAUCGGCUUCUUCUGUCAGACUAUGAAUGGAUACGACACCAUGUUGUUUGGUGGUCUGCUCAACAACAAGGAGUACUUCCUUGCUCACUUCCAUGGCGAGAACAAAGGUAUCUGGGCCGGACUUAUUACCUCCAUGUACCAGAUCGGCGGAGUCUGCGCCCUGCCCUUCGUCGGUCCUUCUAUCGAUCAAUGGGGUCGUCGAGUCGGCAUGUUCAUUGGAAGUCUCCUCAUCGUGAUCGGAACCGUUGUUCAGGGCCUCACCUCUGCCAAUGCAUCCGAGGGCCAGAUGAUGGGUGGUCGUUUCCUUCUCGGCUUUGGAGUUUCAAUUGCCGCUGCAGCUGGACCCAUCUGGGUGGUGGAGACUGCGCAUCCAAAGUAUCGUGGUGUCAUCACAGGCCUCUGCAACACCACCUGGCUUGCUGGUGCCAUUUUGUCCUCCGGCGCCACCCGCGGAGGUCUGGACAUUCAGGGAAACAACUCGUGGCUGGUCCCCAUCUGGCUUCAGAUGGUUUUCCCCGGUCUCAUUUGUCUCUUCUGUUUCCUUAUUCCGGAGAGCCCACGAUGGCUUUACACUCGUGGAAAGAGGGAGAGUGCAAUCUGCACCCUCACCAGAUGGCACGGAUACGGCAACAGUGAAUCCGCCUGGGUGAAACUUCAACUUUCCGAAUAUGAGGAAUUCCUUGAGAUGGAUGGUUCAGAUAAACGCUGGUGGGAUUAUCGUGGCCUGUUCAACAAGAGGUCGAGCAUCUACCGAGUUGCCACUGCCUGCUGGUUCUCGGCUUUCAGUCAAUGGUGCGGCAAUGGACCUUUAUCCUAUUUCAUGGCCGCCGUUUUGGACACCGCCGGAGUGAACAGUUCGAUCGGCAAGGCCGAUGUCUCACUGGGGUACAGCGUUUUCCAGUUCGUGUUUGCCGUUUUUGGAGCCCAUUUCGUGGAGAGGAUCGGUCGUCGCAAGAUGAUGCUCAGCGGCUUUUUUGGUGUCUCCGUUGUCUGGAUUUGCAUGACUGCCGCUGCUGGAACACUGGCUCAAUCUCGGGUCUCUGGAAGCGUCGACGCUGGAGAUGCCGUUUUCAGCAACAAAGCCGCCGGCAACGCAGUUCUCGCCUUCAUCUUCAUCUUUGGAGCUGUCUACUCGUUUAAUAUCACCCCGUUGCAGUCUCUCUACCCGGUUGAAUGCAUUUCAUUCGAAAUCAGAGCCAAGGGCAUGGCGUUCCAGUCGUUCUUCGUCAACGCAGCAGGUUUGAUUAAUCAAUUUGCGUGGCCAAUAGCCAUCAAACAGAUUGAAUGGAAGACGUAUAUCAUCUUCGUGGCUUGGACCGCUGUUCAAGGAGUCCUUGCAUACUUCUUCUUCCCCGAGACUAGGAAGCGCACGCUUGAGGAACUUGACAAAAUUUUCGAGGCGAAGAACCCAGUCAAGUAUUCAAUUGCAAGCCACACUCUUGCUCUCACCGAAGACAAGACUGUUGUGGCUAUUGAUGAAGUCAAAGUGUAG